CCAGGAUUAGCCGGAGGGCACGCCCUUAGCGCGGCCGCCGCCCAGCCGCCCUCACCUGGAUUACUUGGGGCGGCAGCUGGCCGGGAGCUAACGAGAAGGCGCCAAGGGCUGGAGCGGCGGCCUAGAGGAGUCCGACUUUUCGGAGGACUCCUCCGCGGACCGGACGGACGGACGGACGGGAAAGCGGCGUCCAGAACAGAGCUUUUCUUGGGGCUGCGGCUGGGAAGAGCGAUGCCCCUGAGGAUGGCCGCCCCGACCCAGAGCGCCUCGGGCUGGACCCUGCUGCUGCUGGUGGCACUUUGGCAGCAGCUCGCAGCUGGCUCCGGCGUCUUCCAGCUGCAGCUGCAGGAGUUCGUCAACGAGCGCGGCGUCCUGGCCAGCGGACUGUCGUGUGAGCCCCACUGCCGGACCUUCUUCCGUGUCUGCCUCAAGCACUUCCAAACGGUCGUCUCGCCCGGGUCCUGCACCUUCGGCAGAGUCUCCACGCCCGUGUUGGGCACCAACUCCUUCGCCUUCGGGGACAACAGCAGCGGAGGGGGGCGCAACCUUCUCCAACUACCUUUCAAUUUCACCUGGCCGGGAACCUUCUCGCUCAUCAUCGAAGCUUGGCACGCGCCUGGAGACGACCUGCGGCCAGAGGCCUUGCCAGCAGACGCACUCAUCAGCAGAGUCACCAUCCAGAAAUCCCUACCGGUGGGCGAGAAGUGGUGGCCGGAUCAGCAGACCAGCCUGCUCACACGGCUGCGCUAUUCUUACCGGGUCAUCUGCAGUGACAACUACUAUGGGGACAACUGCUCGCGCCUGUGCAAGAAGCGUAACGACCACUUCGGCCACUACGUGUGUCAGCCAGAUGGCAACCUGUCCUGCCUGCCCGGCUGGACUGGAACUUACUGCGAUCAGCCGAUCUGUCUUUCGGGCUGCAGUGAGCAGAAUGGCUACUGUACCAAGCCCACCGAGUGCCUCUGCCGCCCAGGCUGGCAGGGCCGCCUCUGUGACGAAUGUAUCCCCCACAAUGGCUGUCGCCAUGGCACCUGCAGCAUACCCUGGCAAUGCACCUGUGAGGAAGGCUGGGGAGGCCUAUUCUGCGAUCAAGACCUCAAUUACUGCACCCACCACUCCCCGUGCAAGAAUGGGGCCACGUGCUCCAACAGUGGGCAGCGGAGCUACACCUGCACUUGUCGCCCGGGGUUCACUGGCAUGGACUGCGAGCUGGAGCUCAGCGAGUGUGACAGCAACCCCUGUCGAAACGGAGGCAGCUGCAAGGACAAAGAGGACGGCUACCUCUGCCUGUGUCCCCCAAGCUACUAUGGCGCACACUGUGAGCACAGCGCCCUGAGCUGUGCCGAUUCCCCCUGCUUCAAUGGGGGGUCCUGUCGCGAGCACAGCCAGGGCACCAGCUAUGCCUGCGAAUGCCUCCCGAACUUCACUGGCUCCAACUGUGAGAAGAAAGUAGACAGGUGUACCAGCAACCCGUGUGCCAACGGGGGCCAGUGCGUGACCCGAGGCCCCACCCGCCUGUGCCGCUGCCGCCCCGGAUUCACAGGCGCCCACUGUGAACUCCCCAUCAGCAGCUGUGCCCGCAACCCCUGCGCCCACGGCGGCACUUGCCACGACCUGGAGACCGGGCUCUUGUGUACCUGCCCACCGGGCUUCUCAGGCCGCCGCUGCGAGGUCCAAGCGCCAGACCAGGAUGCCUGUGCCUCAGGGCCCUGCUUCAACGGGGCCACCUGCUACAGCAGCCUGUCCCCGGACAACUUCAUCUGCAACUGCCCCUACGGUUUUCUGGGCAGUCGCUGCGAGAUCCCCUUGGACGUGUCGCCCGGCUUCCCCUGGGUGGCUGUGUCCCUGGGCGUGGGGCUGGUGGUGGUGCUCGUGCUACUGGGCAUGGUGGUCGUGGCUGUGCGGCAGCUGCGGCUUCGGCAACCGGAUGGCGGCGACGACGACGACAGCAGGGAAGCCAUGAACAACCUGUCAGACUUCCAGAAGGACAACCUGAUCCCGGCCGCCCAGCUCAAGAACACUAACCAGAAGAAGGAGCUGGAAGUGGACUGCGGCCUGGACAAGUCCAACUGUGGGAAGCAACAGAACCAUACAUUGGACUACAAUCUGGCCCCGGGGCUCCUGGGGCGGGGAAGCAUGCCGGGAAAGUACCCCCACAGCGACAAGAGCUUGGGGGAGAAGGCACCCCUGCGGUUACACAGUGAAAAGCCGGAGUGUCGGAUAUCAGCGAUAUGCUCCCCGAGGGACUCCGUGUACCAGUCCGUGUGUUUGAUAUCAGAGGAGAGGAAUGAGUGUGUCAUUGCCACCGAGGUAUAAGGCAGGAGCCUCACCAGGACAGCCCAGCUUCGGCCGGCCCAGCAGCUGGGCCUUCCUUUUGCGUUGUUUACAUUGCAACCUGGAUGGGACGUUUUCUUGAUACGCAACGUGCUGCUCUCUGGAGGAAGAGGAGGAAGAGGAGGAGGAGGGAAUGGCUUGCACUAGGCCAACUGUGAACUUGUCGAGAGAAGCAGUGCCCUGCCACACCUCAGGGUGUCUGUCUGGCAUCAGGUUGGCAACUGCGCCAGCCAGGGAACAAAGGAAAGGAGAGGGGCCACCUGGACCUGCCCAGGCAGCAGCGACUUACAGAAUGCUCCACCGGGGGCUUUGGACAACUUUCCCAGAGGGAGUUGCAGCAGGUUCUGGAAGUCUAGAGCUGCUGUGGCCUUCGUGGUCAUCUGUGUGUGCAAAGGUGCCUUUGGACCAGGUUCCCUGUUGACUGCUGGGCCCAAAUCAGAAAGCAGAGAGGAGAGGGGGCCAACAGGGUAAGGCCCCAUAGGGGCCAGAAAGCCUCUGGGUGCAGCUCUGGUGGCUGGGGGUGGGUACCCUGCAGGAGAGAUGAGCCCAGAGGGAGAGGAGCACUUUGCCCCCUGCCUCCAACUACUGCCUGGGGGUCUCGCUCAGAUACCACCUCAGCCUCUGGCUCAGGCUCUUGGGCAAAUGGGCCAGGAUGCCGCACUGGGUUUCCCACUGCCCCUUGCACUGUGUGCCUCUGGGCUCUGAGCAGACAUGAAAAACCUACCUUUCAUGCCAACAGGGCCACCGGCUCAACUGGGGAGCUCGGGAGGGAAAAGUGGGUGCUGCUGCCACUUGGGCUCCUUCUUCCCUCAAACCCACCUCUUGGGCCUCGAGCCUGGGCUCUGCCCAUGCCCACUCCUGCACCCCCCCCAUCUUUGAAGCUGACCUUCAGAAAUCAAUAAUAUGAGUUUUUAUUUUGUUUGGGGGUUUUUUUGGUAGUUUAUUUUGGAGUCUAGUAUUUCGAUAAUUUAAGAAUCAGAAGCACUGACCUUUCUACAUUUUAUAACAUUAUUUUGUAUAUCAUGUGUAUUUAUAAUAUGGAACAGACGUGUACAGGAAUUUAUUA